GAGAAAAUGCUAGAGCUCUUCGAAAUCUUUGUGAAUAGGGUGGGAAGUGAAAAUGUUGUUCAAGUGAUAUCAGACAAUGUGAAAAUGUCAAAGCUGGUAAGGAUUUAAUGGAGAAGUACCCCGCAAUGUAUUGGACUCCUUGUGCUGCUCAUGGCAUCAAUUUGAUGUUCAAGGAUAUAUUUGACCUUAAGCAUUUCCAGACAACCUACAAAAGAGCUCUCAAGCUGUCGAUCUACAUCCAUUCCAAAACGAAGUUGUUGAACUUGUUUAGAAAAUUCACCGGCAAGAGAGACUUGGUGAAAUUUGCUAAAACACGAUUUGCCACGGCUUUCUUGACAUUCAAAAGGUUGAAGGAGCACAAGAUGAAGUUGAUAAAACUUUUUAAUUAUGAAGAGUUCCUAACAACUAAUUACUCCAAGGAAGAGGCGGCAAAGGAGUGUGGCCGAAUUGUGCAAAUGCCAUCCUUUUGGAAUACACUUCAUGAGGCACUUAAAGUUGGAGGACCACUUAUGACGACACUUCGGUUGGUUGAUGGAGAUGUCAAACCGGCUAUGGGAUAUGUUUAUCCCGCAAUGGAGAUAACAAAAUCAGCAAUAGCCAAAGCCUUCAACAAUGACGAAACGAAGUGCAAGAGAGUGUUUGAGAUAAUUGAUACGAGAUGGACUUCUCAACUCCGUCAACCAUUGCACGCGGCUGCUUUCUUCUUGAAUCCGGAUUUCUUUCGAUUUCCAGGUGAGUCACCGGUGUCUUCUACCAUUAAUUCGGCUGAGGUGGUAGCAGGAUUUUAUGACUGUUUGGAGAGAUUGGUUCCAAAUGAAGAACUUCAAACGAAAAUCGCAAAUGAAGUGUCAACUUGGGAGCUAGGACAUGGAUUAUUUAGCAGCUCAUUUGCGAAGAGACAACGAGGUGUCAAGCCCCCAGUUGAUUGGUGGACAUCAUUUGGUGCUAGUGCUCCUCAUUUAAAGGAAUUUGCGAUCAAGAUUCUUAGUUUAACAACAAGUGCAUCAGGUUGUGAAAGGAAUUGGAGCGUAUUUGAACAUUUACAUUCAAAGAGGAGAAGUCGUCUAGAGUACAAGCGCCUCAAUGAUUUGGUUUUUGUUAAGUACAAUAGGGCAUUGAGGCGUCGGUGGGAAAUGCGUGACUCUAUCGAUCCAAUUUGUUUAGAAUAUAUAGACAUGGCAAAUGAAUGGUUGACGGGUACUCUUGAUGAUGCAAACGAAGAGUUGGUCUUUGAUGAUGGAGAUACUUUGACAUGGGGGGACGUUGCGAAGUUUUCCGGUGUACAUGAUACACCAUAUUCUCUAAGAUGCAAUUCAAAAGGGAAAGAAAAAGUGGGAACUUCCAAGUCCAAGGAAAAAGCCUCCACCCAUAGGCUUGUUGAUGAAGAUGAGGAAGAAGAUGAAGAAGAUGUUGGGGUGUAUAAUGAUGAUAGUGAUGACUUCGAUGCUUUGGUUAUGGAUGAAGAAGAAGGGAACAUUCAUGUGGAGGAUGACAUUAUGGAGUGAUAAUGCUUCGUACAGUUGAUUUUAUGACAUUAUUAUGACAUUGUGUGAUGGAUAUUUUCUACCUUUAUGUCGCAUUAUUAGUACUAUUAUGAGUAUUAUGACUAUUGAUGUGUUUUUGACUUAAAUAUGCAUUGGAAUAUUUUAUAUUUGUAUUUUUCUAUAGCCAUCGUUUUUUGUGUAAAAGCGACGCUUCGCUUAGCGCUUUCGCUUUUUAUAAAAGCUCUAAGUUCUCGCUUUUGGUCGCUUUUCGCUUAAAAUAAGUUUGGGUUACCUGUCAUGUGAUUCGCAGCUCCAGAGUCAACCACUCAUUUACAUGACGGCAAUAAGGGACAUGUGUUUACAUGACGUGAAUUAGCACUAGAGGCAAUGAAAGACAUGCGUGUACUAGAUUUCUGGUGGUACUUGGAUAUUUCAAAUGCUAAUGAUAGUGACAAGAACGGCAUAUUUUUUAUGAAGUAAAAGUGAUAAAAUAACAGGGAAGGACAGCUUGUAACGUGCAAGAAUGCACACAGUAAAGAUCAUGAUGGCAGUAGUGAAAGUGAACUCACUAUUCACGAUCACAGUGUUUGUGGGCCUAGCUAUGACUGCUCGAGCAGAGGAGCUUGGAGGAGAUGACGUCAUAUCACACAGGGAGUGAAGAAGCUUCUAGUCUUCGAGUGAUAUGUUUCAGCUUCUUCAUUUUCUCUUCGCUAGUGGCCCAAAGGCUAAAACUGAAACGACAAAAUUGAAACUAGGAAAACAAGGAAGCCAACUCCACAGGAAGGGAAUAUGAGCUAAGGUGAACCGAUGGCAACCAUCCAAUUGAAAUCCCAGCCACCUAUUGAGCGUAUGCAAGACAGGCAGCAGGUUCCAGCAGCAUGUGUGGGUCACUUCCAUCAAUAAAUGGUAUGAUGAUUUGACUGGGACUCGAACGCUUCUUAGGUUUGAAAAAGGCCCUUUGUUUCUUGGAUUUGGGAGGACGACUAAAAUGGAUAAAAACGGGGAUCCAAUCCAUAGAACUUGCAAUUUGACUCGGCAAUCCUAUGCAAUUGCAGUAUUUUGCGAAACUAAUAACAAUCCAGAUCACUAACCCUGUGGUGGAAAACAUGGGAUCAUGCGAUCAUAGGAUCUCGAGGGCGAUCCUAAAAACCGUUUAAGUUCUGAUGAAG